AUGGCGAAAACGGCAAAAACGACUGCGAUCCGCACCGGCAAAGCUUCUCCUCCUCUCUUCUUCCGACAUGUUUCACCAGGGCCAGACGAUUCCACCUUGAAGUUUAGGCUUCUUCAUUUCUGGGAAGCUCGCAAGAAUGUCAAAGGAGGACCAGGGAUCCUUCUUGGGAUCGAGAUGCUUAUGAUCGAUGCGGAGGGUACUUUGGCUCAGGGGUUCAUCGGUCAGAACCGUCGCAACCAGUAUGAGAAAGAGCUCCAGCGUGGGAGCAUCUACACACUGACAAACUUCUAUGCAUCCAACAGCUCAGGGGAUGAAGAAGACAUUGAAGGCAUUUUGACAGAGCGCUUCAGGGUCCGUUCCUUUUCAGAAUUUGAAGCCAACUGCGAUCUCAGAGGGGAUCUUCACGAUGUUGUUGGCCACCUUAAGCUGGUUGAUGGCCAGGCUCUCCAUCAGCGUCCGAUUUUGUGCACCAAUGAUGACUCAGCUUCUCGGAAAGUGAUGGUCCAUUUGCAGCUUAAAGACGGUCCAGUGAUGAACGUCUAUCUAUGGGACGAGGCCGCUGAAAGUUUCCGCCUCAAGUUUGACGCAAGUGCAGCCACUCCAACUGUUCUAUUGGUCACAACGGUCAAUCCUAAGAAGCUCGGUGGGAAAUUGUGCCUAAGUUCAAUGUCCUCUUCAAGAGUGUUUUUGGAUGAAGAGGUUGACCCCACCAAUGAAUACUUGGCAUGGUUGACCACGAACCCUUCUGUAACUUCUUUGGUGAACCCUGUUGAGGUGGUCAAAGCUGAGACUCUCACAAUAGGUGAGAUUUCCGCCUUCCUCAAGCGUCAGCCUGCUCAGGUUGCCUACUUUGACUGCAUUGCCACAAUUGAUGAUUUCAAGCUUGGCACUGAGUGGUAUUACAUUGCUUGCAAGAAUUGCCAGACCAAGUUAAACCGUGGGCCGACAACAUUGCUUUGUCCAAAAUACGGGAAUGAAAAUGCUACUGCAGUAGCCAACUAUCGGGUGGAGAUGUCUGUCUAUGAUAAUGAUGAGCAGUGCACGUUCAUCAUUCUCGGAGAUGCUGGGAAAGAUCCCACAGGCAGGAAAGCAACAGAGUUGAUUGAUGCUUAUGUUCAGGAAAAUGGUGGAGAUGCGGUUGAGCUUGAAGUUCCACUGCCACAGUGUUUCAUUGAUACAAUAGGCCAGACAAAGAAAUUCAGGAUCAAGGUGGCUCACUACAACUUCACUUCUACCCGACUGUCCUUGACCGCUACCAAGAUAGUCUCACCAGCAGAGUUACCACCAAAGAAUCUCCCACUCAAGACGCCACCAGGAACUAAAGUGGAGAACACAGAGUUGGCUGAGAGUAGUGGUGGUGGUGCUUCAGCUAUUGACGACCAGAAGAAAGCAAAGCGUACCAAGCGUAGUGGCUAG